UUGUACAGAUAUCCCGAUCUACGCAACAUAGCUAGAGCUAUUCCGUCAUUCUCCUCAUUGUGUGAAGAUGAGUACCGCAAGGUGGACAGGGAGUUUCAGGCACGGCGGGAUUUUAAAUGGACCCGAUUUGCCAGCAGUAAUGAUGAAGACAGUAUGGCCCCUCGCGGUUUACACAGCAUGGCUUAUCACGAAAAGGAAUGCGCAAUGUACGCAUUUGGUGGUGAAGCUCCCGAUUGGAGGCUCCAAGGAGAGGCGUGUGGACCAGCAUCGUUUAAUGAUCUGUGGAGAUUGGACAUGACUUCUUUGAAAUGGUCUCGAGUCGUUGUAAAAUCAUCUCCUUACCCAUUGCCAAAGUAUCUAUGUUCCAUGGUUGUCUAUAAGGAUUCUGCACUAUUUGGCCUCUUCACCGAUACCAAGGUAAGUGGCUUGGAGGAAUAUUCUUUUAUGGUAGGGUCAUCCUCACUUGUGGUACUUCGUGAAGGCUGUCUUUUGGCGACAGGCGAGAACAUGCGCGAUGAUUUGCCGGAAAACACCUCAAUACUGUUCAUUUUCGAUCCUAAGAAUCCUGAAGGAGUUGAAUGGCAGUAUAAAUUAAUACCCUUAGUUAUGCUUUAUCUCUUUAUUCUCAUUCUGGCGCUCUUCUUAGGGUAUUGGUCGAUGGUGGCCUCCAGUUGGCAUGUCACCACCACCGUCAAAUAA